GCUAACGUUCAACGACAAACCCGGACUCUUUCGUCAGUUUAGGUCGCUGUUUCGAAAGCUCGUCAAUGAGGCCUACAGCCGUGUCCCGGUGCUCUUGGAGCCUCUCAAAGUGCAGUCUUCUUCCAAGCGCUCGCGUCGCGCAAGUGCAGACACGGGCACAGCCCGCAGCAGCGACCCUGACUCAAACGGGAAGGACGCACACAGGACCGCUUGUUUGCCGGCCGGAGAAACUAUACGAGCACGCACUUGAGCUUGCACGUCUUGAGGAAUAUGAAGACGCAAGGGCUGCGUUCGAGAGCCUGCUUACGCGGCAACCACAACUCUGCAAGGCGUGGGUCAGCUACGCGCAAAUGGAGAAGCGGAGCCACCGCAGCAGCCACCAUGCGGACCGCUGGCAGCGGUGCCGUGCCGUCCUGCAGCGCGGCCUCUCCCUCAACCCGACGUCGUCGUGCCUCGUUCAGGCGUGGGGCUUGAUGGAGCUUCAGCGCGGCAACUGGCUGGCGGCGGUUCGGCUGCUGGAGCGCAGCGCCCGACUGGACGUCAGCUGCAGGCCGGUGCUGCGCUGGCAGGUGGUGCAGACCGCGCGGAAAACGGUGGGCUCGCGUCGGGGCGGGCAGGGCAGCGGCAGCAACAGCCAGCAGUCACCGUGCAGCGAGCUUGCAGAGUGACGGGGCGCGUCGUGGCAGCAUAGGUGUGUGGAGUGAGCAGGCGGGUGCACAUGAAUGAUGCGAGGCCGCGAGUGUUGUGUUGGUGGGUGGGUGGCGCUAGCUGAUGUUUCUGUGUUUUGACGUUAGGUAGAUGGGAAUGUUGGGUGGGUGUUGGGCGUUAGGUAGAUGGGGCCCGUGGUCUGUGUCACGUGUUUAAGGGCCACAUGUUUGUUUUAUUGUGGCCGUGUCACAUUUCAUUGCUCCCGGUUAAGGUUGCGAUAUUACAAAGAAGGGACAGUCCGGUUAAGCCAGUGUGGAUCCUAAAGGCCCCAGAAGGUUUUGUAGCAUACUGACGACGAUACAGUUCUCUUCGUACGGUUUAAACAGGGAUGCACCCUGCGUUGACCAUGGCUUUGGAACGCACAUGUGGGAGUGCGGGCGGGCACAGACGUUCUUGUUCAUUAAUCAUAAACACUGGAACACAAAUGCCCAUGCCACAAUAAUAUAUGGGGCUGACUUCAUACAAUGCCGUACUUGUUGACGGGGUGUGCGCAUGUCUAUAUCACAUACCGGGGGCGAGAUGCAACGUGGGAGGCCGGAGGCGGGGGAUGAUAUCUAGAUGCAAGAUGUAAGCGGGAGAUGCA